UCGCGCAUAUGAUGAGGUCGCUUGCGCGAAGAAUGAUGUGAGACGUCUCAUAUUUCACUAGAGAGGGGGGGAAAAACGCUUCAGUUGAAACGCAGCUAUGGCGUCAACACCUUAUAUUAUUUUCGUGUUGUGUCUGACUUUCAUUCCAUUCGCUUCAGCUGACGAAUGCGAAGCCUACGUCGACUCCAGUUACAAAACGCACUUAUCCGAGGACUGUUCGUUUCUGCAGCAUUGCUGUGGCACCUGCGACAACAGAUACUGCUGCUCCAAUUCUUUUAGAAGACUCAAUCAGGACUCAUGCUCUGUGUGGGAUUCAAAUAAUGGUGACAUUGUUACCAUUACAAGUGGUAUUGCGGGCCUUGUCAUCUUCAUCAUCCUCAUCAUUUCCUGCUGCGUCUGCCCCUGCUGCUGUCUGUACAAGAUGUGCCGAAAGCCAACACCUGUGAUUGCAACCACCACCACCACCGUGGUCCAGGCCCCCUACCCCCCGCCCCCGUCCGCCUCCCAGGCCUACCAGGGCAGCCAGUACCCGGGGUACCACCCGGUGCCGGUCCAGCCCGGGUACGGAGGCCAGCCCAUGGCCACCGCACCGUACCCGGGCCAGCCCUUCUCCCCGGGGUACCCGGGCCCAGGCUCUGGGCCUCCUCCGCCGUACCAAGAGGCGGGGCCAGGAUAUCCCCCGGCCCAGGCCGGGUACAGCCAGGCCCCGUACAGCCAGGCCGGGUAUAGUGCAGGCCACCCAGCGUACCCCAUGCAGCCCCCCACACAGCCGGGCUGCCCUCCCCAGCCCGACUACAGCUCCAACCAGCCUGCAUACAACCCGGCCUUCGUGGAGCCCCCGAAGACCGGCUACUGACCACAGACACCACUUCUACAAACUCCCAAAAACUGCAGUGAUCCGUCCCCAUCAAUGUUUCCCCCCUUCUCAAAGUGUGUUCUGGUGUUGAUCGUCUGGUUUAAUCGUACGGUUGAACUGGUUUUCAUGGCCCAAAAAAAUCAGGCCUCUUUUGUAUACAGACUCGUGUCUGUAGUGACUUUUUUAUUAUAAACCUUGCAAAAUCCCUUAUCACAUUCUCACUAAAGCUAUCAGUUUUCCUUUCUCAAUGUUAGCUGUACUUUAAAAAAAAAAAAAUGUUUGUGCCCCCUCUUUUAGUAACUAACAUUAAAGGGAAACUGGACAGGAGAUGCCUAACUCCAUUGUCAGUAAAUAUACCUUUUGGUUUGUCUAGUUCAAGUUACAGUGGCAUGGAUAUACUUGGACGUGUGAAAAGUAUGUAAAAGUGUCAAGGAAAUUUAAGUUGUAUUUAAAAGUGGAGAUGAAAUGUAGGCCACGUUAGUGUAAUUUUAAGUGUGGUGCUUGUAACCAGUCUGUGAAUAGAUGCUCUAGACGGGCCGGAGGAACGACUUGACAAGCGCGUUUGCAUGUGUGAGCAGAUGUUCCUCUGGGCCAGUGUUGGCCGUUUGAUGACAGAAGUGCAGACGCCCUGCUUUAUAGGAUCCACUUCCUCUUCUGCGGUUUAUUCAGGGUUCUUCUUGUUUUUUUAAAAUGACACGCCUAUGAAUGUUGACCUUAAGUGUUACAAUGUUAAAACCUGUUUUGAUAAUGGUGAAAAAAAACAAACAAAAAAAAAACAACAACUCCAGAAUAUGCCUUGCUAAUUUAAUCUAGAUGCAUGGGGUACACACUGGUGUCAACAACGGGAUUCAGUAACUAGCUGGCCCUGGAAGACCAAAAAGAAACCGCCUGCCUUUAUUACACGCCGGAUUCAUUUGCACUCAUCAUGUAUGUAUACACCGGGCGUGGCUUUGUUUGCUCACAAUUUAGCCUUAAAAACUGUACAUGCUGUCACGGGCUCCCCAAGACGGGCCCUUCUUCUCUCUGCAUUUCUGUCCGUCUUACAGGAGCAGGGCUCAGUGAUUUUACUCCCAUCAUUCGUUUGAGGGCUGUACAAAGCAGCCAAUGUUUUUUUGUUACAAAAUUGUCGAUGUUUGUUCAAAUAAAAGUUUGUUUUUCCA